AUGAAUAAGUUCAGUACCCUGCAUUGCAAGCCGAAUCAGCGUCAGAAGUUCUGUAUGCUAGAGCUGUCUGGCCUCGGUCGUGCUCCUAGUCAUAGUGAACCUUCACUCGCUGUCCAGAAGAGUGACCAGAAACAAGUGGAUUACCUUGGCGAGUUCGACGCUGAACUUAGAAUAUCCUGCGUUGGCGGACAAACGUCCAUAGCUAGCGAGGUAACUCGACUGCACCGGUUCUUGAUCCUUGGCGCUAACGACAACGACAGCGGGAAUGAUGCGGAUGCAGAACCGAACGUGUUGAACCCGAAUUUUAUCAUCAAGCUGGUCGAAGACGGCAAAGGCGAAUGGUUGCUGAAUCAGGCGGUGGAUGUCAGUGAAUCCGGAAGGGCUACGGAAAAUUCACCGUCAGUGUUUUGUGUCGCCAUAUGCGCCAGUUAUCCUACCGAAAUACUGCCAGCUGAGCGUCGCGAGGCUUUGCGGAAGCUAGCAUACGAUCAGGCGUUCCCGAAGGUCUGCCGUACCACGCAGGACUUUUAUCAGUUCCUGUCGUUUUGCGACAAAGUAUCACCGAAGAACAAAGAUUGGGGUGAUUUGCACGCAAAUGCUAUAUGCAAGUGGUAUUUCAACAGAAGUCCUGCUGCGCUUGCCCUGGAAGUUACGAGUUACUGUGAAUGGGAAGGUUAUAAUCACGAAGACAUCAUUCGCUCGAUCGACCCAAAACCACCAAACGGCGCUGAUCAGACCGCGUACGACGAAGUGUUGCUCUUCGUGAAGUCUGGUCUGGAGGCGGUGAUUGGCCAGAGAAAGAAGUACCCGGCACAACACAGCGACAUAUCGGCUGCGGCUUCAGAUAUACUUCCGCUUCUUCGCGCACUGUCUGAACUGAAAGCGACGUCUGACGCAGAA